AUGGAAUUAUCGAUCUGUGUAGCUGAUAAAGGUGAUGGCUCUCCACUUCGAGAUUGUGAAUUUGGUCAUCUCUCUUGGAUAUUGAUGGUUAGAUUAUGGAUGCUACAAAUUAAAACAUUGGAUUCAUUGAUAUUAAACUAUUUAAGAAUUGAGGCUCUAAUAAUGGACAGCAGUGAGCGAUUAUUUUACGUAAAAAAUGGUAUGGAGCUACUUAUAGUCGACCUUCCUCCUCAGAAAUUACUCGACACGGACACAUCGAAAGUUUUAAAACUUGACCAAGAUGAGGAGAAGAAAGAGAAUAUAGAUGAAGGAACAGUUGAACAGUCUAAAUUAAAUAUUGAGGAAUUUGAAUGUGGAGUCCAUUUUGAGGGCUCGGAAUCGUCCAAACAGGAAUGGUCGUUUACCUUGUAUGAUUUUGAUGGUCAUGGAAAAAUAACAAAAGAGGACUUAGCGAGUUUGUUAAAAGCUUUGUACGAUGCUGUUGGCUCCUCCAUUAAACUCCCUCACAAUGGAACCAAAACAUUAAAACUGCGUCUGACUGUGGGACAGGAUAAUGCCCAACUACACAGUGCUCGUCUCGCUUCAGCAAAAGCAAAAGACAGUCCGAAAAUAAAAGAUGGAACAACCAAAGAUACGUUGAAACCGAAAGAUAUCGCGAAGUUGAAUAAUCUGACGUCACAGCAGAAUAUAAAAUGUAAUAAUGAGAAGCAGACGACAGCUAGUGUGUUACCUGGGUUACCAAACAGUAAAGCACGGAACCAGUUGAGUCUGGAGGAUCAACAGCAACUGGCCGAACUUGUCCAGGAAAAUAUGGAACGAAAUCACAUCAAGCAACUCAGGAGGCACCAUAGUGACUGCCGAAACACAGACGGCUCACAUCAUAAACGUCGUCAUAGAAACAAACUUCCACAAAUAGCAGACGAGAAGCCAAAAGAGUGUCAGGAUCGAAGAAAUUAUUAUUUGGAUUUAGCAGGAAUUGAAAAUAAUGCAACAGAAUUUCAAAACACGCCUUCCAUGCCAACCGCAGGAUCUGGUGUAGUGCAUCUUGGGAAUGGACAUCAUAGGUCAAGGUCACAUGAUGUGACGACCCAGAAAUAUGAUAAUGCCAAACGUGAAUCAGAUAGACUUUGUAAACAAAUGGACUCACCGAAACUUGACCACAAAUCGCGGUCACAUGAUAUUAAGGAAGAGCCAAUGGAAACUCGUUCUCCGAAAGGACAUCGAAACGUGACCUCUACUCCUUCACCUCAGAAACACGGCAAGUUUCGUCCUGUUAGUCUACCUGCUCAUGUUCCCAAUUCAGUUUCACCGCAUUAUCAUCGUCGUCAUCGACAUCGGGAAAAGAAUCACGAUUUAGCGAUGCAGCAAGUUGCAGAAUGGAUUGAACGCGAGCAUACAUUCGAUGUUGACAAAGAUAAAAUUGUGAUUCAGCGACACGAGCAUCACCAUGUUCAUGAACAUCACCAUCAUCAUCACUAUCAUCAUUAUUACGAGGCGUAG